AUGACUAUCAAGAUCGUUCAAGUCGUCAACAAUACAAGCGAGACGCUCCGUUAUGAGAAUCUCGAAAGCAAAUACUCAGUUGAGAUUAAACCCAAGAAUCCAAAUUGGGAAAAUAAUGAUUGGAUACCCUGCUCAGCCUACCGCGAGGAUACAGUCCCUACAGAGAGGUCCGGCAAAUUUAUCCGCAUCACCGUCGGCAAAAGAGCACCUUUCAAGCUUUCCGACGACAGAUGGAGAUUCAGCUUCGUUGACUACCCUGACAGUGAUACGAGAGAAGGAGUACAGCGCUGGUUUGGUAGUUUCGAUGGAGGUGAGAAAUUGGUUCUUCGAGUGGAUGGGCUCAGAAACCUGGACAAGACCCAAGUCGCUACUACAAUCUACAAAGCGGACGAGUCACUAGGUGUUGGGUAUGUUACAGCGGCAGUGCUUUCCAAUUUGGCUACCGCAGUCAGUCUUGUUCUCAUGGCAGUUUUCUUAUGA